AUGAGCUCCCUCAAAUCAGCAACUAUGCGAUCUCUCCGAUCUAAACCCCUCACCAACAGCAGCCGCCGAAUCCUCACCACCACUGGUCGAAACGUCGGAAUGGGAGCAACAACCAGAAACGCUCCAACAUAUGCCCCCACCACAACCUCGCAUCCUGACUAUCCACCAUCCUACACCCCUUCCUAUCCUCCAAAUGAUCUCCCUGGAUUUGCAAACACAUCGCUUUAUCCAAAGCAAACCCCUUUCAACAACCUCCUGACCUCGCUCACCGCCACCCUAACCAACCCGAACAAGUCCUCGAUGCCCACACUACACAACCUCCUCCGCGGCUAUACCUCAGAUCCAACCCACUGGUCCAAAUACGCCCAUGCCAACCCAGACAAGCUGUACACGCGAAAUCUUGUGUGCGAGUUGCCGGGUGUGUUCAACUUAAUGCUUCUGGUGUGGACCCCUGGCAAAAUCCUCCAAGGCUCGAUAACAGAAACACGCUUCGCUACACCCUCUAGUCCUGGUCAACAAGGUCCGCUUGUUCAAACAUCAAACAAGAACUUUGGCCUAAAUCAGGUCUCGUACAUGGCAGAUAUUCUCGGUCUACACGAAAUAUCUAACCCUCACCCAACAGAAUAUGCAGUUUCUCUUCAUUUAUACACACCACCAAACGCCGCCCUCCAUGGAUGCCAUGUAUAUGACCCGCACGAUGGCUCUGUGAAGCACGUGAUGCAGUCACCCUACGAUUCUAUUUGUGGGGUUGUGCAGCAAUGA